UCCGGCCGGCGCGGCUGACCGCGCCAGUCCGCCACGACUCUCCGCUAAGGCAACACCGGCGGGCCGCGUCGGAUGUGUCGCCCGGCGGGUGCAGCCCGGACUUGUUGCACGUGGAGGCGGCCCGGCCCGCACGCGCCAGCAUGCGCGUCUAGUUGUAGCAUGCGGGUGCCGCUGCUGCCAGUUUUGCUCCUCGUUCUCGCGCGCCCAGCUGCAGCCGGUAUCUGCUGGUCGGGGAUGGAGCGCGGCGGGCGUUGCAGUUCGGUGGUGGCGCUGCGCGUGGGCCGCGCGGAGUGCUGCGCGGGCGCCGCUCGCUCGCCCGCCGCUUGGAGCCCGCGCGAUCUCGACAGUGGCGAGAUCUUCUUCUACAAGGCGCUUUCUGGAGGCGUGCCGUGUACAGCAUGCGCUGAAUCUUGCGCCGGGGUAUCGUGUGGCUCCGGCCGGCGGUGCGUAGUCCGGGGCGGUCGAGCGCGGUGCGUGUGCGCAGCGGCGUGCCGCCGUGUGGGUUCCGUGUGCGGCACCGACGGCAAGACCUACCCGUCUCUCUGUCGUCUCCGACGGCGGGCCUGCCGGAGACCGGCCAAACAUCUCAGCAUGGACUACCCUGGACCGUGUCAAGAGGGUAGCUGCGAUCUAGUCCGUUGCGGCGGCGAGAAACGCUGCGUGUUAGACGCUGAGCUGGGCGCACAUUGCGUGCGCUGCGGCUCCUGUAACGUCGCCGGCGCACCCGUCUGUGCUGUUGAUGGCAAGACGUAUGCGGGCGCCUGCGCGCUCAGGAAUGCCGCCUGUGAACGCGGCAAGGCGUUGCCGCUGGCCUAUAGAGGGUCUUGCAUUGCGAACGCGACAUGCGCAUCUAUAACUUGCGGUGCCGGCCAGCGCUGCGUCGCUGGCGGCGCUAGUGGGGCGCGGUGCGUGUCUUGUGGAUCUUGCGGUGGGGGAGCACGACGGCAGCUGUGUGGCACUGACUCGAGGACGUAUUCCUCAUGGUGCCGCCUACAGAGAGCAGCGUGCCACGCCGGGAGGGUAGUGGAUCCGUUACACCCUGGACCUUGCAAAGGCAACAAGAACAUAACGGACAACAGCGUCGCUCGCGAACGUGAACGACAUGGAGGCGACAUCGACACACGCGUCCUAUAGUCAUAGACUUAGUUUUAGCGCAGUUUAGCUUCGUAGGUUCGGCACGCGGCGGUCUGGAUUAUUAUUAUGCAGGAAAUUAAAUUAAACUUUAAAAAAAUACUUGUUAGAAAUACUACGUGUCCAUUAAUUUGUUGUGUUAUUCCUAUGCUAUAAAUUUUAAUUGUUUUAUAAAAAAUGUCGUGUUAAAAAGGUACAUACCCAAGACCGCCGCGCAGUCAUUCUCGUGCCAGGUUAACCGAAACAGAUCAAACAUUUCUUAGUUAGCGUAGAUUUAGACGAUUUAUUGAGAUGCACGUAUUUUCGAACUUUGUAGAUAAAUAAUAAUUCUUUAAUAGUUUUUAAUAAUUAUUAACACUUACCUUAUUAAAUUUGAGCACCAAAUCGUACUUAAUAUUUAGUCAAAAUAUUUCUAGGGUCUUUGUAGUUAGCACAAUAUUUGGAACCUUAGAAUAUUUAAUGAAAUUCUUAUAUCUAGUUGUCGUUCGGACACACGAAGCUUAUAAUUGAUGAAAUUAUUAACAGUUUCAUCGGACUGACAUUGUUCUUAAAAUUUGAUUAACUCUUAGUACUUUAAGACUUAAUUUUACUUCAACAUGGUUAACGCUUAUAUGCAAUAUUUAUUAUUAUUAAGUUACAAAUAAAAGUUUAGUGCAAUAAUUUUAUUGAAAAUUGUAUGAAAUUUAUGUUACAUGUUUUGUUUUGUUUGUUUAAAAUUGAAUCGUGUUUCGCAUAAGUCAAAUUUUAAUUCGAAAAUAUGAAGUGUUAUCGAAUACGUUUUCAGUAUUACGUGGAUGUAAGAUUUUAGAAUAUCUUUAUUUUCGAAACAUUUUACAUUGGAAAUUAAGUGAUCUUUAUUAGACUGUAGAUAAAAGUAAUUUAUUGUUACUUACGAAUCAUUUCCAAAAUGUUUUCCAAUAUUAUUUGUAUGUGAGUUUACAUUUAUGUGGUAGCGCAGCGUGUCACUAAGUAGAUUAUUUCUUGGCGUCCUUUUUAGCUUUAAUUAAAUAGUUAGUUUGUCUGUACUUAUGUUUCAGUACCUACAUUGUUAACAUGUUUAAACGUUCGGACAUAGUCUAGCUAGUGAAUAUCCAUGCAUACAUAUUUGAUUUUGUUUUGUUCCUAAUAAAUUAGCCAGCUCUUGUUUUUUUCUAUGAAUAAUCGUUUCAGAUCAAACUUAAAACUUUUGAUACACAUUCGGGAUAAAAAAGAACUUUAAUGUUAUUAUUUUAAUGCCAAGCCAUAGAUUUUUGUGUUAAGAUCAACCUCGCUUAUUUGACACAGGUACACUGAGUUCCUUUGUAAUUAAAAAUCCAAAGAUUCAAAAUUGCAAAUAAGCGAAGCUAAAUCAUAAUAAAACCAUAACUUGAGGCCGAUUUUGGUAAAUAGGUCCCAUGAUUUUGAUAAACAAAGUCUUUAAUGCUACAAGCAACUUAUGCUAAAUAGUCUUUUUCUGAUUAUCCACACCCAUACAUCAUCAAACUAGGAAAAUACGAUUACUUACAUUUAAAAUCGAUCAUAC